AUGGAGGACAAUUACACCAGCUCUCUAGCGUUCGAUGUCAAGAUGGGGAAUAUGACGAUGGAGGAUUGUGAUCUUUUGCAGUACAACGGUACUUACAAUGAAACUAUACAUGGUGUUUUAUGUUUAGAACAUGCUCCAACCCUCACACAUUCCGGUAUGAUUCGGGUGUGGGUGUUAACAGGAAUGGCUUUGCUAUCAUUAUUCGGCAAUGCUGCGACGAUUUUCAGCAUCAGAAGGUCGCGUUCCAGGCGUCUGGCUCGCCACUCGUGGAGCGCUGUUUAUACGCUCAUUCUACAUCUCUCCAUAGCCGAUUUACUGGUGACUAUAUUUUGCAUAGCUGGCGAAGCUGCCUGGAGUUAUACGGUUCAGUGGUAUGCAGGGAACUUAGCUUGCAAACUUUACAAAUUUGUGCAGGUGUUUAGCUUGUACUUGUCCACGUUUGUGCUGGUGCUGAUCGGGGUAGAUAGAUUUCUGGCCGUUCGCUAUCCCAUGCAGUCGUUGAGCACAAUGCGUCGAUGCCAACGGCUGCUUAUUGCUGCGUGGCUGCUAAGCUUCAUUCUGAGCACACCUCAGGACGAGGUGUUCGUUAAAAACAAAUUGCGAGCAUAUAUACCCACGUUCUUACUAAUUAGGAAGGGUGUCAUACACGGCAUAGACGCUGAUAUGACAGAUCAAGAGAUAAGAGAAGAUAUAAAAUCAGAUGUUGAAAUUUCAGAUUUAAAAGAAUAA